ACGCUGCUAGCUCAGGGAAUGCACCUUAAGAUCUUCUGGUCUAAAUUGAUUCUCCCAAUAACCCUAGAUAGCCAGGGCGCCGCAGCCAUGGUGAGCGAGUCCCCGGGGCCCGGCGCCCGGGUCCCCUGGCGGCGAAGCGACGAAGCGCUGCGCGUGAACGUGGGCGGCGUGCGGCGGCGGCUGAGCGCGCGCGCCCUGGCGCGCUUCCCGGGCACGCGGCUGGGUCGCCUGCAGGCCGCGGCGUCGGAGGAGCAGGCGCGGCGCCUGUGUGAUGACUACGAUGCGGCGGCGCGCGAGUUCUACUUCGAUCGGCACCCGGGCUUCUUCCUAGGCCUGCUGCACUUCUACCGCACCGGCCACCUGCACGUGCUCGAUGAGCUGUGCGUCUUCGCCUUCGGCCAGGAGGCCGACUACUGGGGCCUGGGCGAGAGCGCGCUGGCCUCGUGCUGCCGCGCGCGCUACCUGGAGCGGCGGGUGACGCGGCCGCGCGCCUGGGACGAGGACAGCGACACGCCGAGUAGCGUGGACCCGUGCCCCGACGAGAUCUCCGACGUGCAGCGCGAGCUGGCGCGCUACGGGGCGGCGCGCUGCGGCCGCCUGCGCCGCCGCCUCUGGCUCACCAUGGAGAACCCGGGCUACUCGCUGCCCAGCAAGCUCUUCAGCUGCGUCUCCAUCGGCGUGGUGCUCGCCUCCAUCGCCGCCAUGUGCAUUCACAGCCUGCCCGAGUACCAGGCCCGCGAGGCGGCGGCCGCGGUGGCGGCGGUGGCCGCGGGCCGCAGCCCCGAGGGCGUGCGCGAUGACCCGGUGCUGCGGCGCCUCGAGUACUUCUGCAUCGCCUGGUUCAGCUUCGAAGUGUCUUCGCGCCUGCUGCUAGCGCCCAGCACGCGCAACUUCUUCUGCCACCCGCUCAACCUCAUCGACAUCGUGUCCGUCCUGCCCUUCUACCUCACGCUGCUGGCCGGCGCGGCGCUCCGAGACCGGGGCGGAGCGGGUGGCGAGGAGCUGGGCGAUCUGGGCAAGGUGGUGCAGGUGUUCCGCCUCAUGCGCAUCUUCCGCGUGCUCAAGUUGGCGCGCCACUCCACCGGUCUGCGCUCGCUGGGCGCAACGCUCAAGCACAGCUACCGUGAGGUGGGCAUCUUGCUGUUGUAUCUGGCCGUGGGGGUGUCCGUGUUCUCCGGCGUGGCCUACACAGCUGAGAAAGAUGAGGACGUGGGCUUUGACACCAUCCCAGCCUGUUGGUGGUGGGGCACGGUGAGCAUGACCACCGUGGGCUAUGGGGAUGUGGUACCGGUGACGGUGGCUGGCAAGCUGGCAGCCUCGGGCUGCAUCCUGGGGGGCAUUCUGGUGGUGGCACUCCCCAUCACCAUCAUCUUCAACAAGUUCUCCCACUUCUACCGGCGCCAGAAGGCUCUGGAAGCUGCCGUGCGCAACAGUGACCACCGGGAGUUUGAGGACUUGCUGAGCAGCAUCGAUGGGGUGUCAGAGGCAUCUCUGGAGACCUCUCGCGAGACCUCCCAGGAGGGCAGGUCUGAAGACCUGGAGGCCCAGGCCUCCAGUGGGCCUCCAAACGCUCAGGUUUAUUAAAACCAGGGCUCCAUGUACCCCCUUCCCACACCCCUGCAGUCAGCUGAAAUGGAGCAGAGAUUCCUCCCCUGCUUAACUUCUUCGUGAAUGACCUCACAGGAUCACUCACUCUGGCUUCAGAAAUGACAACUGGAGGCUGGGUCCUUUCCUCUAGAGACACAGGGAAGCAUAGUGUUAUCCUAGACUUUACGAGCCUGCAGAGCAACCCAGAGACCUUUAUAAAUGAACCUCCAAGCCACCUAUAGUACAGGCAUGAGCCAAAGAGGGAAAGUCAAAAGGAUGCUAACAGUUCCUGAGCACUUCCUAUCUGUUAGCCAUGUCACAUUGACCCUAUGUUAGAAGAUGAGAAUUAUCCCCAUUUCACAGAUGAGGAAACUGAGGCUCAGAGAGGCACAAUGACUUGCCUAAAUAUUACACGGCUAAAAGACGUGGAGCCAAGGUUGGAAUCCCAACUUGUUGAUCUGCCAAGGCCAAUAUUUCUUGCUCUGGUCUUUCUUCUACCCUCACAAAGUUUGCAGGUGGUUUUAGGUGGUUCAUGGACCCCCAGAGUUGGUUCAUAGUGUUAGACACUUCUGUUAGAGCUAGGGAAAGGACCAGACAGGGGAUUCAGAUGUAGAAUCCCUGGACCUCAUCUGUGGUUCUUUUCCAGGACCUUCCAACAAGAGUUAGCUCUCAAAGAGGAGGUCUGGGAGGAAGGACUAGGAGACUGCCUCCUCAGUGGAUGGGUAAGACUUGCUAAGCGAUAGUCCUAAGGCUUCCUCCCAGAGCUGGCUUAAGAUCCAGAAAAUCUGAAGGGGCCCCGGCAUGAGGCCUGAAGUCUAGACUCAGCUGUGCUAGGGCUGCUCCAUCUCCACAUCUCAGCCCUUGUAUCAGAUGGUCACAGUCUGUGCCCCAGAGGGAGAUGAAAGCCAAAUGGUUCAGGGGUGGCAUUGAUUUAGAGCCAACUCAGCUCUGAAGUACUGAUGGCAAGGAGCUACUGUGCCUGGACAUCUGUCUCCCCUUCCCAGAUCCUCUAGGCUGACCUUGGCAGGUCCCUUCUCCCCGUGACGCAGACCUCCAGCCCUGCCUUGGGUCGCCAGCCAGGCAAAUUCUUGAGCCUCCUGUUCCUUUUGGCCAGGUCCAGCUCUCAUCUUCUCUGGGGCUAUGUCUCUUAUAUUCACCUGCUGAAUCCUCUCUCUACUUGCUGAGAAAGUUGGGAGGGAAGGGUUCCUGCAGCCCUUUCCACAUACUGUGGCUAGGAGAGCCAUCGCGGGACCAUCAUGGCUGGACUAUGGCUCUGACCAUCAUGGCUGGACUAUGGCUCUGACCAUCAUGGCUGGACUAUGGCUCUGACCGUCUUUCCCUACGCUGAGCUCCAAGAUGGAAGACUCUGUCCCACUGAGCCCGGCUUGGUUCGGACCAGGUGUUUUGUCAAUGUUGAAUGGAUUGACCGAUUUGUACAGUCCACUGUGUGCUGGGCGCUGAGGAGAAAGAAAAUAGAGAACUUGUCCUCAAGAAAGAGGGCGGAGACGAGAUCGAAAAGGAGGUUCUGCCUCCCUCCUCCUUGAUUUUUGAGGAUUUAAAAAUGAUUUCCUUAUAGAUUCUUUCCUCACUCAUUCAACCAAUACCUUUUGGAAGGGGCAUACGCUGGGACUACACGUGUGGCCUGCAGAUGUGUUUUGUUUGGCCGAACAGUAUUUCUAGUAUAUUUUUUAAUUCAGACAUCAUUGGGGCAGGCACACUCUCUCCAGUUCCCCAUAGCAACCCCCACUUCCCACAUACCUGCUCAUACAUACAGGCGCCACUGUGUCAGCCUCACCACUUCUCAGAUCUACAUCACCCACCUGGCUUUUGAAUUAUUAACUGCUUACUAGGUUCCAGAGAUACAAUGGGGAGGAAAAUAUAUAUCCCUGUGCUCAUGAAACUUACAGACUAGUGGAGGAAGUGGAUUUUAAUCCAAUAAUCACAUAAAUAUGUAAUUGUUUUAUGAAGUAAAGGGAACUGUAAGCCUGUAAGGGAGCAGGAGCCAUUAACCAAGAAGGUCAGAGAAGACUUUUCUGAGCAAGUGGUCACCCCAUCAUAAGGAUAAAUACCAAAUCAGGCAAUGAGGCUGCCUGGAAGUGUGUUUCAAGCAGAGGGAACAGCAUGUGCAAAGGCCUUGGGUCCCAUACAGGGCCUAGGACACAGUCGGUCCUCACAGGUGGAUGGAUUCUGAGUCUCCAGAUUGGAGCAGAGACUGGAGCUAAGCCAAGGGGCUGCCUAUGAAUUCACCACGCACACACCAGCCCUCCUACACACUCACCUAAUUCCUAGCCCAGCUCUGCCCAGGUCAGGGCACAGAGACCGGAAGGGCUGCAUGCACCACCCUUACGGUCUUGCUGGACAUACCAAGGAGCCAGAUAGCUUCCAGCCUUUGAGCCCCUAGAGCGGGUGUGAGGAAAGCUCAGGGAAGAAUCAUCUGGCCUGCGUCCAUCAGGAGGCUACAUGUGGUCCUGGCAGAAAAGCAACAGCUUACUCCCACUCCUGUGUAUCAGUGAAAACCAUGAUGCAAAUAAA